CAGGUCCAAUCAGCAAAAGGCCAUAAAGUGCACAGUUAAGCCAAGGAUGCUGUGUUUGACUACACACCCUGACUUUUGGUUUUAAAUGACAUACAUCGUGUUUCUUGCCGACAAGGAUUUCUUCAACAGGAUCUCUUUUGGUGGGCAUUCCAGAGCAAAGACAGGAAAUAAGUAGAGAAGAUUUGUGAGAGGACAAUUUUGGAGGUCUAAGCUAUUUGCCGGACCAGCCAUGAUCCACGUUGACUUUCACUCUCUCACCCAGCCGGUGGGCAUCGUGCGGUUGAUGGCCAUCAUCUUCACAUGUAUAUCUUUUAGCCUGGUGGCAUCGGUUGGGUACUUCCCCUCUUCGUUCUGGGCCUGGUGCAUGUUUACCUGGUGCUUCUGCUUCUUUUUCACCCUCUUAAUCGUCAUCCUGGAGGUCACCACCUUGAGCACCAAGUUGCCUUUUGCCUGGGAUGACUUCACAACUGCCUUCGCCUUGCUGGCAAGCCUCAUGUGCCUGACGGCCUGCGUCAUCUACCCGACAUUUUUCACCUGCAAUAUCUGCUACCGACAGAUCGGCGCUUCUUUGGUGGCCUGUGCGUGUACCGUGUUGUACGUUCUCGAGGUGAGCCUAACACGGCGUCGGCCGAGCGGGCAAAUCCGUGGAUUCCUCACCACGUGGCCCGGUAUAAUGAAGAUGCUGGAAACUUUCUUCGCCUGUCUCAUCUUCACAUCUCUUGAGAAAAGUCAGUACGCCAACACCCCCGAACUGCAGUGGUGUGUGGCCGUGUACUCUUUGUGCUUCAUCUUAGCCAUGCUCAUCAUCCUGCUCACUGUUGGACAGGUGACCUCGCUACUCCCAUUCUUUGAGAAGAUAGUUAUCGUCUAUGACAUUUUAGCAGCAGUGAUGUACAUGACAGCUAUGGUUAUCUGGCCACUUUAUAGUUUCCGAAACAAUCAGAGACCGAUACACUGCGGCUACUUGUGUUCAUGGGAUAAACUGGGGAUGGUCACUUUCAUGACAAUUCUCAACUUCUGUGUUUACAUCGUGGACUCCGUCUACUCUAUAUGGCUCGUGUUUUGUUUCAGCAGGGAGUGAAGCUGUUGUUAAAAACUGAAAAAUGG